UGUAUCAGUGGUUAAUGGGGCAAUUUUGGCGGUUGCGCUGUGAAUGUCCUCCAGCGGAGAGUCAUGGUAGUGCAAGGUUUGCAGAAACCUUUUCAGUUUACUGUGGUAUGGCAUUGGGCAUAAUGGAGACCAAACCAGUGAUAACCUUUCUCAAAACCCUCCUCAUCGUUUACUCCUUCGUAUUUUGGAUCACAGGAGCGAUCCUCUUGGCAGUGGGAGUAUGGGGGAAGUUUAUGCUGGGCCCUUAUAUCUCUCUGAUAGCUGAGAACACCACCAACGCUCCAUACGUCCUCAUCGGCACUGGGACUGUCAUCAUCGUCUUCGGCCUGUUCGGAUGCUUCGCCACCUGCAGGGGGAGCCCAUGGAUGCUCAAACUGUAUGCAAUGUUCUUGUCCCUGGUGUUCCUAGCUGAGUUGGUGGCUGGGAUCUCUGGCUUUGUUUUUCGUCAUGAGAUAAAGGGAACCUUCCUGAGGACGUAUACUGACGCGGUGUUGAACUAUGAUGCUGAGGAUGAGAAGAGCCUGGUUGUGGACAACGUCCAAAGCAGCCUGCAUUGCUGUGGGGUGUACAACUACACCAGCUGGUUGGGCAGUGUGUACUACCCUGCUAACGGCUUUCCCCUGAGCUGCUGCUCCAACUCCUCUGACUGCAGCCCACAGGACCUCCGCAACACCACCAUAAACCACACCAAAAUCAACCAGCAGGGCUGUUAUGAACUGGUCACCUCCUUCCUCGAGAUCAACAUGGCCAUCAUUGCAGGAGUGACUUUUGGCAUCGCCUUCUCACAGUUGAUUGGCAUGUUGCUGGCAUGUUGUCUGUCCAGGAUCAUUACAGCUAAUCAGUAUGAGAUGGUGUAGCUGGGAGAGCAGGGAGAUGAAGAGGAGAGGGUGAACAGCAUCUUGGUAGACUGGGACAGAAGAUCCCCACAACACUAGCACAUUGUAUCACUAACCCCCUCCCCCCUCUCUCGCUUUCUCCCCCUCUCCCUCCCUUUCUCGCUCUCUCUCUCUCACGUUCUCUCCCC